CAAUGACACUUGAUCACAGGGUUUUGGGUUUUCGCGAUGUUCAUAGUUUGAGUGAGUUAUUUGUAUGUAUUUGGUGAGACGUUUUGAAUUGCCGGUUCUAAAAAUCCAACCAUGUGUACUAGACUCGGAAUAAUUUUAAUUUUUUUGAAUCUCGCAGCCGUAAGUCCGAAACCAUUUACAAGAGACGCUCAAUUAACCCCAGCCACGUGUCAAGCCUGCCAUCCCAUUGACGUGGAAAAAAUCAACAUCCAUUUAGUCCCUCACUCCCACGACGACGUCGGCUGGUUGAAAACCGUCGACCAGUAUUAUUAUGGCAACCAAAAACGCAUCCAAUACGCUGGGGUUCAAUACAUCAUCAGUUCGUCAAUCCAAGCCUUGAUAGGCCACCCCGAUCGACGCUACAUCCAAGUCGAAACCGCCUUCUUCUGGAAAUGGUGGCAACACCAAGAGGACGCCCUCAAACGACAAGUCAUAGAGUUGGUCAAUAAUGGUCAAUUGGAAAUUAUCAAUGGGGCUUGGUCCAUGAAUGACGAAGCCGCGUCGCACUACCAGUCAACCAUUGACCAGUUCACGUGGGGUUUUAGGUUCUUGAAUGACACGUUUGGGGAUUGUGGGAGACCCAAGGUGGGUUGGCAGAUUGACCCGUUUGGGCACAGCCGCGAACACGCGUCUCUCAUGACCCAAUUGGGCUUCCAAGGGCUAGUCAUCGGGCGUUUGGACUACCGAGACAAGAUGAAGCGACGUCUGGACAAAAAUUUGGACUUCGUGUGGCGAGGUAGCGCCAACUUGAACAACUCCGAGAUUUUUACGACCAUGUUCCCGGAUUUUUACGUGACUAUCGAUGGGUAUUGUUUUGAUGUGCUGUGUAACGUCGAACCUAUUGUUGAUGACGAGAAAAAUCCGGAUUACAAUUUGAAGAAAAAAGUGGAAGGAUUUGCUAACAAAAUGGACCAGUAUGAGAGUUAUUAUCAAACGACCCAGUUCUUGGUACCGAUGGGUGGCGACUUCAAUUAUCAAGCAGCUGAGAUUAACUUCUCCAAUUUGGACAAACUGAUAAACGGCUUCAAAGCUCACAAAAAGUACAACGUCUUCUACUCAACUCCGUCGUGUUAUAUCAAAGCCGUCAAUGACGAAAUCGCUAGAAGAUCUCUCACUCUACGAAAAAAAACUGACGAUUUCUUUCCAUAUGCGUCCGAAAAACACGCCUACUGGACUGGGUAUUUCACCUCCAGACCGACGUCGAAGAGAUUUGAAAGAACCGGGAACAAUAUUCUACAAGCAAUGAAGCAACUGGUCACUUUUUCUAGAGUAAAAGGGGACGACCGAGAAAGUUCGAUCACUGGUCUACGUGAAGCUAUGGGAAUAAUGCAACACCAUGACGCCAUCACAGGUACCGAGAAGGCAGCAGUUGCUAAAGAUUACGCACGAUUGCUUACUCAAGCUAUCAAAGAUGCUGAAGCACCAGCUGGAGUUAUUAUAGGAAAUCUUUUGAAGAAAUCUUUCCAAAAUGAUGUAGAUCUCAAGUUGUCUACUUGUUUGUUGGCAAACGUGAGUAUUUGUCAAACCACACAGAAAGAUCGUUUUGUGGUGGCGGUUUAUAACCCGCUUGCACGUCCAGUGACCCAUUAUGUUCGACUACCAGUAGAGGGAGACAAUUUUAAAAUUAGUGGACCAGAUGGUGACGAAAUCUACGAUGUGGUGCAUAGCAUGUCCAAGUUCGACCAUGUCAAAGAGAGUUUAAAACCGACUUCCAAAAAUUUAGUGUUUGCAGCUAAAGAGAUUCCCCCUUUGGGGAUAAAGUUGUACUAUGUUGAAAAAAUAGAAGGAGAGGAGGAGUUUCGCGCUUUUGAAACACUGUCAGAGAAUGACUACUUUGGAACGGAUGAAAAUGGAUUUACCAUUGAUACAAACACUGGAAGAUUAAAUUCAGUAACUAUCAACGGGCUAACUCUUAACAUCACACAAGAUUUUAUGUAUUAUCAAGGUUAUUCUAGUGGUGGUCGAGUUUCCGGUGCCUACGUGUUUCGAACCACAGACAAACAAGCCAAACUUAUAACUUCCGAAAAACUCGAAGUUAAGUUUAUCAAAGGAAAACUCGUAGACGAAGUUCUCCAAGUGUACAGUCCAGAAGUGUCUCAAGUUAUUCGUGUUUACAAAGACGACAGUGGGUUUAUAGAGUUUGACUGGUUAGUUGGAAACCUACAACAAGACUCCAACGCCGGAAAAGAAGUUAUCACAAGAUUUGCUGUUCAGAAUUUCUCCAAUAAAGGUGUCUUCUAUACGGAUUCCAACGGUCGGGAACAAAUCCGUCGAGAAUUGAAUAAAAGAAGUGAUUAUGAUUACGAUGCAACUGAUGACCCGAUUUCUAGUAACUAUUACCCCGUCACGUCGAAGAUAGUAGUCAAGGAUGAAGAACGGAAUUUAGAGGUGGCUGUGUUGAAUGAUAGAGCACAAGGGGGUAGUAGUUUGGGUGAUGGUGUGAUUGAAUUGAUGGUCCAUAGAAGGUUAGUGCGAGAUGACGGUUUUGGGGUUGGUGAAGCUCUAAAAGAAGACGAGUAUGGGAAAGGGUUGUAUGCGAGGGGUCAACAUUAUCUGGUUUUUGGACCAAUAACAACCGAAGACGAUGGUGAGAAAUCAGCUGCUGCGAUAGAACGAGAUCUAGCUCGUAAGAAAUUACUAGCACCAUGGGUACUAGCAGUUGCUUCCACAGAAGGACCCUUCAGCUCGUUAGAAAACACAAAAAGUUUUAUCAACUUUAAGUUCGCAGGUCUUACAAGACCCCUUCCGGAGAAUGUUCAUCUUCUAACUCUAGAACCCUGGAGGGACGAUACUUACCUUCUGCGACUCGAGCACGUGAUGGAAAAGGGCGAAGAUGCGGUUUUAUCCAAGCCGGUCGUGGUUGACAUAGAGAACCUUUUCACUGGUUUUCAAAUUUCUGCGAUUGGUGAAACUACUCUUGGUGCUAAUCAGUGGUUGGACGACUACGAAAGAGAGGAGAAGUUGGUUUGGAACGACAAUGCGCCGACGCCUUGGAUGACAUUGGAUGAGAAUGAUCCUUUGAAGAUUGAGUUGCAUCCGAUGCAAAUACGGACGUUUAUUAUUAGAGUUGAGGCAAAAUAAUGUGUACAAAAAGACGUAAAUAUAUGAGCAAAGUGUUGAA